AUGUUGCGCACGUCGUUACGGUCUGCUUCAGGCCGUGCUUGCGCAUCUUGCCGUACGGCUUCACGAAGACAUGUGAGAGAACGUCGAUACUAUUCAACGCCAGCCAACGAGGAUGAACAAAACAGUGUGAAGAAUGCGUCUUCCUCUGAAGACAAUGUGAAACCCACGGUAUUGAUAGAAGAGACGUCAAAGUCGCCUUCUACAUCAAUCUCCAAUAAUGCUUCCACUGCUGACUCGAAUGCGCCAAAGAGUAAUAGCAAGGCCGAACCGUUAACUUCAGACAAGAUCAGCUUCUCCGGAGUUUUGACAAGGGAUCUAUUUAAAGUGACAAAUCCUGCCGAACCGGGCGAACAACGGGAACAACCAGAAACUGCAAAACGGUCAAAGUCGAAGAAGAAGGCGAAGUCGGAGAAACUAGAGGAAGGAGAACAAGGAGGCGAGACAGGAGAGAAUGAAUCAACAAAGAAGAAAUCAUCAAAGAAGAAGAAAUCCAGGAAGAUAAAAAGAACGCCAGGCGAUAUAAAAUCACGGAUGAGAAAAGUACCAGUAAAACCGCGUGCGAAGCCUCCGACAUUGACCGCGCGGCAGGCUGGGAAAAAGCCAUCGAGGAGUAAACCAGCAAGAAACCCCCCUGGGCCACCGAAGCCGUUAAAUAUUGAGGUUUCAGAUACCCUUGUCGACGGUUUGCAGAAGGAGGACAUCGACUUCAAAGCCCUCGACUACGACACACCACCAGUUCCUACUCUGUCAUUCGGCCUGGAUAGAGUGUUGUUCAAUCCUGGUGUAUAUCACCUUCGAGAUCCUCGAUCCCGAGUCUACAACUUUGACCCUGAUUUAGGGACUAUUAUGCCUGUUACCGAGUUCGAUUUCAAGACUUUGAAGGAGUAUAUAACGUCUUCGAAAGAUGAGACACUUAUCGAGCUCGCCCGAAAGACAAAGAAGAAAUACGUUGGUUCAUCAUCGAGCAUGACAUCGGUGCUGUCUCAUUUUCAUUAUUUGCUGUCCAAUUGGCGACCACUCAAGCAAGACAUAAUCUCAAGGGGUUUUGAGGAUAGCGACCGUCAAUUUACAAGGCUCUUAAGAGGCCCUUCUGCAAUGUUUCUACAUUACAAAGACGGUGUUUAUGCAAUUGACGCGGAUAAGGAGUUUGACUCGGCCAAUAUUCUCAUGAACCUCGGUAAAUCAAUGGAGAAACAACUCACACUACCAAAAGAGCAAUUUGAGAGAUAUCGCCGAUCUGCUCCGAACAAGAUCACCCCGGAGGAAGAGAACGAGGUGCCAGAAUCAUACCAUUACUCCACGUUAGGCGACUUUGUUAUGCGAUCACAGUUGGAUGCCUACGAUCCGCGACUCCCGGGAAGCGGCAUGUUUGAUCUCAAGACCCGUGCUGUGGUAUCAAUUCGCAUGAGUGUGUCGGACUAUGAGCAAGGGCUUGGUUAUGAAAUCCGCAACCGAUUCGGAUCUUUCGAGUCGUUUGAGCGAGAGUACUAUGACAUGAUCCGAGCCGCAUUUCUCAAAUAUUCGCUCCAGGUCCGCAUAGGUCGCAUGGAUGGUAUCUUUGUUGCAUUCCACAAUAUCGAACGCAUUUUCGGAUUUCAAUACGUGCCACUUUCGGAGAUGGACUACGCCCUGCACGGUCAGUCAGAUACCGAAUUGGGUGACCGGGAGUUUCAGUACAGUAUCAAGCUGUGGAACAAGAUUCUGGAUAAGGCUACGGCUAAGUAUCCACAGCAGUCACUUCGUCUUCAUUUUGAGACUACAGAGAGUCGUCCAGCGAGAAUGAUGGUAUUUGUGCAGCCAGUAACGGACGAUGAUAUCCGGGCUAUACAGGAGAAGAACAAGACGAAGAUUGAGAAGGCUCAGCAACAGAUGCUUUACCCAGAGACUCUCACUCAGGAGGAAGAAAUUGAUCUGGAGGAUGAUGUUGUUGAGUCUGAGACUUCUGAGGCCAUAGCUGAUGCCGACGUUGCUGUCGCGGAAGCUAGGGUUGGGGCUGAGAAUGAGUCUAUCGCCGCUGAUACCACUACGAUUGAAAAAAUUGAAAGUCAGCCCGUGCUCAAAACCGAGACUGGAUCAAUCAUAGACCCUACAACAACCAUCUCAACAUCAGAGCUCCCAUCACAACCACCACAAAAAGACUUGCCCGGCCUCAUCACCGCCCUUGCCAAAUAUAUACAUAAUUCCCGCCACAUCGUCGACAACAUCACCGAAAUACUCGCAACCACCAACCAAAAAGGAGAUACAAACAAACCAGCGCUCAGCCCCCUCACCGUCCUCUCCGAGAAGAUAGAAACAUCCCGCAAAGUUGUGCAAUCCGUCAAACAAAAAAUCGACAACAUACUCGAAGAGCGUGAAGCAGCUUACAUCCGCCCCAAACUCUUCGGAAUGGAAAUCGGCAUCCAAAACCUAGUCAACAACCGUGUCGUCGAUCGACCAACCAACCUCAAACCAACAAACGAUUGGAAAGUAGUCUACACAAUCAACGAAUUCAAGAUUGGUGAUGGUGGACUCUGGAACCAUUUUGUUGGUAUGCGGAGUCGGCGUGAGAAGGCAUUGUCGUUUGAGAAGAGAAAGAGCUCUGAUGAUCAUUAUAUUUUGAAUUUGAGACGGUUGGCGAUGCAGGGAAAGAAGUUUAGGGAGGAGGAGGAUCGGAUUGAUAAGGAGCGAGGGAUUGUGGUUUAUGAGGAGUUGAAGGGUGGGGAUUCUGCUGGGUCGGCGUAA